GCCAACCCCGAGCUGACGGCCAUCUGGGCCGUGGGCCAGCACAUUUGGCAGAGAGACUUUCCAGGGAUCUACACGGCCAUCGCCGCUCAGCAGUGGUCGGAGAGCAUUCUUCCCGUCAUGGAGGCCCUUCGAGAAAGCACCCGACAGAGAGCGUACAGCCUGGUGGCUCACGCGUACACGUCCAUCACAGCCGAAGACUUUGCUGCCUGCGUGGGUUACUCAGUGGACGAGGCAGUGAAGGGAGUGGUGAGUCAAGGCUGGCUGGCAGAUCCAGCUACCAGGAUGGUGAUGCCCAAAAAGCCAGAUCCUCCUCCGGUGGCGUUGGUUCCUAACGAGCAGCAGUUGACCCGGCUCACCGACUACGUGGCUUUCCUGGAGAACUGAAGCCCUGAAGCUCCACCCGCCGCAGCUUCUCCCCCCGUUUACUGAAGACGAUCCAAACGCACCUGUCAGCCCGACGCCACGUUUUCUCUAGAUGUUUAUGAUGUUUUUCUUUUUGUCAUAAUAAACUCCAACCUGUACAGUUUCA